AUGGGGCUGCGGGAAAUUAUGCCGGCCAUGAUGCUGCGGUCGUAUCUUGACCAGGAGUGCUAUGAUUUCGUCAAGUGGUGGGCGUCGCGUGACCUAGACAGCGAGUACGACUGGGGCGACAUGGCCUUGCCUCACCUCGAUAUUCGCGGGGCUGGUGUCUUUGAGGAGCCAGAAUUCUUUAGCCAAUAUCUAGCCUUGAAUCACGCUUUUGAUGUUCUAUUGCUGAAGCUGAAGCUACUUGUUGACAUCCGCAACCUCAAAAUUGUUCGUAAGAUCUUAAUCUUACGUCGCCUCCCCUUCGACCUUGGGGAGUUGAUCGAGCCAGUCAUAGUCCGCAGUCCCCUCUCUACCCGGCUCCAGAAACAAUCACCGGUGUCACUUUUCAAGCCGGGGAGGGCGCUUCUGGGUCAUGUCCGCAUGCUCAGCGAGACCCUGAGGCAAACCAACAGAUACUUCAUAUUCCGCCUCUUCGAUCCAGACCAAGCACUAGCCGAGAAUAUAUCGAUUUUGCCGUUGAGGAAGCCUCGUACUUGGGUGAGCGGCUGCCAUGGGGGGAUUGGGGAAGCCCUGCGAGAGCGACGGUAG